UUGCAGCCCCGGCGCUCUAUUUUGGACGGAUCCACCGUCACCGACGUCGGCAUGGCGAUGCCCCUAAUCCGACCACGAGCCCAUCGCAUGCACGCGACGCAGCCCUGGCACUGCACGCCACAAUCGCACAAACAAUCGGUGCAUUUUGGCCAUCUGGGUCCCUUGCACUACACAACAGCCCCACUUCACUGUCAAUCGAUCCUCCCCCCUCCCCCACCUUCUUUGCUGACGAUCCGGAAGCAUAUUUCCGUGAUUAAUCCUGCUUGAGUUGGCUGCGCAUCGGUUACCGAUCUCAAUUCAUCAGGUGGGUUCACGUCCAAAUUUCACUUGGAUGUCUUUUGAAGUUGUUCAUGGUUUUGGUCAUGGAGUCGGUCGUUUUUUCUGAAGGUUGAAUUCCCUCGUCGUUGGGAUUCAUGAGAGUGAUUAGUCAGGGGAUUGAUUCAGCUCAUGAGGGGGUCUUAAAUUUGAGUGACUGAUGUUUGGAGUGGAUCGUUGCAUUGUGUGGGUGUCUUGUGCGUACUAGGGUAUGGCAGAUUCUUCCACUGUUUCUAUAUUUUGAAGUUGAUGUAUGAGUUAGGUGCGGCAUAUUGAAAGGCUGCCGUUUGUUUUGGUAGAGUUGAAUGAUAAUAGGUUUCUCAGAAAUCUCCGUCAAGCUGAAAUCGUCGUAUACUCUUAUUGUAAGGUUUAGAUUUUCGUGACGUUUACGGUCAUGUUUAGCCAUAACGUUAACGCUGAACCAAGGUAGUCAAGUCCACCUCUUGAGUGUGAGCAUGUCAUGGUUGACCUUGAUGUUUUUCAUUGAGCCGAUUGUUUAUGUGAUUAGCUGGUAGCAAUUUUUGGGUAGUUGAAAUGGCUGGUGUGGCGAAGAUCUAAUUGAUUUUUGGAAAGGUACAAGUGCUUUUAUCACCUUCGUCGAGGGUAAUCAAUCCCUGAUAUUUUAGGCUCUUGGAAGAGCUGGGAGGGUGUGAUAUAAAGAAUGUCGGACGCCGUGGUAAACGGUUUGGCAGGAGCUGGGGGUGGCUUUGUUGCGCAAGUGUUAACUUACCCCCUUCAAGCGGUUAAUACCAGACAGCAGGCAGAGCGGAAGGUAAAGAUCAACGUUUCAUUGCAAGAUGUGGAAGCUGCUCUUCCAACUUCUAAUGGAUAUCCAGCUCAAAAGGAGCAAAGGGGAACCAUUCGAGAAAUGUUCCAGGUCAUUCAAGCGGAGGGGUGGGGAGGUCUAUAUAGGGGCCUCAUGCCAUCACUAGUAGGCACUGCUUUGUCACAGGGCGUCUACUACUAUUUUUAUCAACUUCUGAAAAAUGAAGCGGAGGCCCGAUCUCGGAGAUCAUGGAAGAUGGGUAAUGCAGAUACCUCAGUAGGGAUGUUAUCCUCCCUGAUUAUAGCAGCGAUUGCUGGAUGUGCAAAUGUCUUGUUGACGAAUCCUAUUUGGGUGAUAGUCACGCGUAUGCAGACUCAAGCACAGGCUCAUAAGGGGUCUGAGAUUGUUGCAAAUCACGUGAAUACCACGUCUUCGAAUUAUAUUGUGGUGCCCAGCAUUGAUUCGGAGACCACUUCGACUGCCACUUCAUCUCCAUCCACCAAAGGGCAAGGAACUGUUGAUACAGUCAAGGAUUUAUAUAAGGAAGCCGGAGUGCGUGGAUUCUGGAAAGGCGUUUUGCCUUCCCUAAUUAUGGUUUGCAAUCCAGCGAUUCAACUUAUGCUUUACGAAAGUAUGCUAAGCAGACUGACCAGAAACAGGAGGGUAACUUCUAGGGGUACAAAGCACGUGUCAGCCACCGAGUACUUUUUGCUUGGAGCAGUAGCAAAACUUGGGGCUACAGUGGUGACGUAUCCUUUGCUGGUUGUGAAGUCUCGGCUUCAAGCAAGGCAGGAGAUAGCAGGAGACAAAUCUUUGCAGUAUACUGGCACAUGGGAUGCUAUUCUGAAGAUGAUACGGCACGAGGGAAUCUCAGGCUUCUACAAGGGAAUGAGCACCAAAAUUGUGCAAAGUGUGGCCGCAGCAGCGAUUCUCUUCAUGAUUAAGGAGGAGCUUGUCGGAGCGUCUCGUGCAUUGGUGACGAAGGAGGUGAAAAUACCAAAAGUUGCUAGGUUGAAAGAUGCCUCAUAACUACAUCCCAGUUCUACCAAUCUUCGUGCUUUUCGUGAUUAGCACGUUUGAUCACAUGCGGAUCAAACAACCAACCCAAACUUCCUCAGACACCAUUUACUGUAGGGUGAACUUGAUCGAUAGUUCAGAUUAGGCCAAAUUGGGACACAAUCACAUCUCUUCUUGCAAGGUCAUCAAAACCCAUUUGAAGAGUCAGCUGUACAGAAUCUGAUCAAGUAUCCAUGCAGAUCAGCAGUGCAAGUGAGCACAUUACUCAUGAUAUCACUAACUUAAUACAUUCUGGCAUAGUGACAGCAAUGUCCCCACAAACACCUCAUUCAUUGGGUUAUAUCCCAAGAUUUCUCUCUCUACAUAUCAUGUCAUUGCAACGUGGACGUGCGUUACCGUGUCCUAGCUUUCAAUGGCAAAAACUUUCGUCCUGUUGCAUCGA